CUCCAACUCACGUUCAUUGUUCGAGUAAACAUGAAACUACGCAUUCAUAUAAUCAACCAUGGAUGACACCCAACUAGGACCCCCUCCUAUAGAAACAACAGUUCUACUCCUGGGCGAUUCCGAAGUCGGCAAAUCGACCUUUCUAUCCCAACCCCCAUCCAAUCUCUCCCCUUCCGCCACCUCAAAACAAGCCCAUCUCCUCCUCGAUUCCCACCAACCAUUUACCUUCGGCAUCCGCUUUUCCAACAUCCCUUACCGCUUAAAUUUCUACGACACCUCUUCGCCUACCGACUGGAAGACAUUGAAACCUAAUGUUGUCGUACUCUGUUAUGCCGUUUCGAAUCGCCUGAGUUUGAUUAAUCUACAGAGAUUUUGGGCCAAGGAACUCCAAACCGCCUUCCAAUACGAACUCCCCGUCCUCCUCCUCGCUCUCAAGCGCGAUCUCCGAUCCGAAAAAGAUCCAAAUGGGAUCAUCUACCCGCAAGAAGGUCAUCGCAUUGCGCAGGAAUUGAGAUGCGAUCGAUAUAUGGAAUGUUCAUCCAUGACCGGCGAGCUAGUAGCAGAAGUAUGGGAAGAUAUCAGCCGCACCGCCGUUCUAGCUGCUGGGGGAGGAAAAGCGGGUUCCAAUGGUGAUGGUGGGCUAAGCGAUGGGGGAUGUUCAAUUAUGUAAAGCUCAAUGAGAGCGGGAAUUCCAGCAUGUGUAAUACGGUUUCGAUUCAGUUAUGCUUAAUUUUGGAUUCCAAAAGGGUGCAUCAUCUAAUAACCUAAUACAUAUACAUUGGAUGUCACUCAAAGGUUAGAUGGUGAUUG